UAUCGGCUAAUACAUUCGUUAAAUUUUUAAUUAUUUUUUUGUUGAAAGAAUAAAAUUAGCCAAAUCAUCAUCAUCAUCAUCUAAUCUUCUACGGAAUCUGGGGAAUCUUAAAAUCCUCAAUCUUGCUUUACGUACAAUCCUCACAAACACUAACAUAUGAGGAAUCGAACACCUCACCCUCACUCUUUCACCUAACUCAAACCAAUUCCUUAAAAUCAUCAAACCAUGCCAGUUUUCAAAACCCCAUUCAAUGGUUACUCCGUCAAGUUCAGCCCAUUCUAUGAAAAUCGCAUCGCCGUCGCCACCGCCCAAAACUUCGGCAUCCUCGGCAACGGCCGUCUCCAUGUUCUCGAACUCUCCGCAAACCCCACUCUCCCCAUCACCGAAAUCGCCGCAUACGACACCGCCGAUGGCAUCUACGACGUCACCUGGUCUGAAUCUCAUGAUUCCGUCGUUGUCGCUGCCGUAGCCGACGGCUCCGUUAAACUCUACGACCUUGCUCUUCCUCCCACUUCAAACCCCAUCCGCUCUUUCCAUGAACACACCCGCGAAGUUCACUCCGCCGAUUACAACCCCGUCCGCCGUGACUCCUUCCUCUCCGCCUCAUGGGAUGACACCGUCAAAUUAUGGACGGUGGAUCGUCCUACCUCCGUUCGUACCUUCAAAGAACAUGCUUACUGUGUUUAUUCAGCCGUUUGGAACCCUCGCCACGCCGAUGUUUUUGCAUCGGCGUCUGGGGAUUGUACUCUCCGAAUCUGGGAUGUUCGUGAGCCGGGUUCAACGAUGAUCCUUCCGGCUCACGAUCACGAGAUACUUUCAUGUGAUUGGAAUAAGUAUGAUGAAUGUAUAAUUGCAACUGCAUCAGUUGAUAAAUCCAUUAAGGUUUGGGAUGUUAGGAGUUUUAGGGUUCCUAUUGCUGUGCUUAAUGGGCAUGGUUAUGCUGUUAGAAAGGUUAAAUUUUCGCCGCAUGUGAGGAAUUUGAUGGUGUCUUGUUCUUAUGAUAUGACUGUUUGUGCUUGGGAUUUCAUGGUGGAGGAUGCAUUGGUGAGUAGAUAUGAUCAGCAUACCGAGUUUGCGGUUGGAGUUGAUAUGAGUGUUCUUGUUGAAGGACUUAUUGCUAGUACUGGUUGGGAUGAACUUGUUUAUGUCUGGCAGCAUGGAACUGAUCCUAGGGCAUCUUAAAAGGGAAGGUACUAAAAACUUAGGUUAAUGGUUUUUGUUUCCCUUCUCGUUUUAUUUAUGUGGUUAGGUUGAGAUAUUGGGAAUUUACAAUAGUCUUUUUGAGUUAUAAGAUUCAAUGGUUGGUGGGUGGUGGGUGGUUCUCUCUUGUUGUAUCAAUGUGGAGGAGGAACAUAUAUAUACAUAAUAAUACAUGCCUUUCAUUGGUUGGUUCCUCUGUUGUAUAUUGAUUUUGAUAAACACGAUUUCAUUGUUUACGAUGGUUCUUCAA